GAUUUCGGAGAUGAACUGCUGGACUACCCGGAGUAUCCAGCAGACUAUGCAGACACUGGUGCUUGGCUUUUGAGAGUUGAAGACUGGGCAGCACCUCCCAUGGCAGUGUUACUUCCAUCAGACCAUCUUGCAUGGGGCUGUGGUGUGUGGUAG